GCGGGUUGCGGGAACAAAAGAAACUGAGAGAAAGCGUCACUUUCGGGGGCAUUUGGCUGUGAAAACUGAUACAACUCAUAAGAUUUGAAGAUGGACUCCACCCCAGAAUUCCCCCAUGUCGCUCUAUCACCGGGUGAGAGGAGUCCAGAUGUAGAAAGCAGCAGUCAGGAUCAGUCAGCACCUGAAGAACAAUGUAAGACUGAGGAACCUCAUGAAAAAGGAUGUCUACUGGAGACUAUGGAACAGUCAACAGGACAAGGAACAGGUGUACCUGGAACUUUGAGUGAGUCUCAGGAUCAAGGAGCUCAACAACAGGAAGUUGUUACAAGAGAGUCAGAUGGUACUGCAGGAGAGGUUUCUAAAGGUCAAGAAGUACUGCCCCUUCCAAAAGAGGAAAGUGCCAAAGGGUCAGAAAAGAGAAGGGAUGAGCAAAGUGCUCCAGGUAACCAGGAAGUCUGUGGAGAUGAUUCAGUAAUGCAAGGUGCAGAUUUAUCAUCUACAUAUGAAAACAAAACUGAUCUCGCAAGCCAAGGACAAUCAGAAGAAACAGCUCCAGGCGAUAAAGAUGAGGAGACUCCAGGUGACGUUGUAAGACAAGGUGAUGGCAACCAAGAUGAGUUUGAACAGGAGGAGAUGGACACAACAGAUGGUGACCAGAAACCAACUGGAGAUGGGCAAGUGGGAAGCACUGGAUCUCCCAAAGUGAGAGAUGCCAAUGAGGUUGCAUCACAAGAAACCACUGUAACACCAGAGGAUCAACCAGGUGACAAACAUGAAAGUGCAGGUCUCACAGAAUUUCCAGCUGGAUUGCAAACACAUGAGACAGAUAAGGACAAGACCAAUGAAGAAGGAGGUCAAGUUAGUGACGAAUUGGCUUCCAGUAAAGGAAAUUUGGAUAGUCAUCAAAAAGAAACUGGUAAUGUAGAAAGCAGCAAAGAAUCAAUCCCAUUAGAGGGCAGCACAGUCAAUGUAGUAGCUGACUUAAUCAGCAAGUCUCUUGUCUCAGAAUUCAGUCAAGAAGAAACAAAGAAAGAUGAUCCACUUCAGGAAAAACAAGAUCCUGAUAAAAUUGUUGAUGCUGCUGAGGUCAUGAGUGAUGCAGAUGUGGCCGCUGCAGAGAGCGCAGAAAAGGAUUCAAAAGAUGCUGAAGAGGAACAGGAACCAGAGUUCAUGGAUACCCAGAUCCUGGAAUUGGAAGAUGGGAACACUCGGGACUCCAUGGCAGACCUCGGCACCAAAAAUAAUCGUGAUGACAGCAACAUCGACAAGGUUCCCAAGAUCUAUGACGAGUGCAGCAUGGAGAGUUUUGUUUCAGCCAAGAGCAGUGAGCUGGACUACAGGGAUAGUCUUCAGGGAAGUCCACUGCCUGUGAAGAGAGUCAGAGAGCUGAUAUGUGAAAGCCCAAAGGCCAGUCCCAAGAGGUCCAGGACAAGCACUCCUACAGUUCAGAGUGGGGAUGAUUUGGGCCAAUUCCCUGCAGAGAAUGUGUUUGAGUACCAGUGGCCACAGGAUAAUCCUGGAGAGUGGUACUUUGUCCAGGAGCAGAUCAGUGAGUUCCUUGGAGUCAAGUCCUUCAAGCGCAAGUACCCAAAUCUCGAGAGAAGGGUCAUGGACAUCAAGGAGAAAGAGUUUCUCAGAGAGAGAGGUGUGGUUACAGAGGAACAGGUCACUCUUGGUCUGACAGCCCUACGUGGAGACGAGGUGUAUGACCUGAUGAUGAAGGACUAUACCAACAGGUACACAGAGUAUGCCAGAGUCAUCCAGGAAAAACAGAGGCAGAACAUCAGCAACCAGCACAAAGGAUACGAAGCGCCAACCAUGGAUGCAAGUAAGAUCAAAGCAUACAUCAAGAAAGCUGCUAAACAAGCUGCUGAGUUCAAUGCACUCUUGAUGAGAGAGAAGAGAGAGGAGAGACAGUACUACUUUGACCUACAAACCAUGCAACUUCACAUGCCUCAAGCAAAGAUGAAGAAGUUGAGUAAAGAGGAUACAAAGAUUGGUGCCUACCCUGUAGCCGUUAUCCCUGGCCAAUACCAAGACUACUGCAGAUAUUACUCGGCUGAUGAACUGAAUUAUCUGCCAUUGAACACUGCUAUCUAUGGUCCAAUGGCAAUCAGGAGAAAGACGGACUAUGGUCCUGAAGUUGAGGAGGAAGAAGGAGACGAUGAUUUAGAUAUCAUGGCUGAAUUUACCAAGAAUGAUGAGAAGGAUAAGGUCAAGAGCAGAAUCUUCACAAAUCAACCACAAAAUGAUCAACAGCAGCGGCAACAGCAAGAACAACGGCUGCAACAGUUACUCAACCAACCAGUCCAGCACCAGCAACAGAAGCAGCAUCCACAACGGCAACAACCACGACAGCAACAACAACAGCCACCUCAGCAGCAACAACAGCAGCAGCAGCCGCCUCCUGCGAGUUCAACCCCUGCAACGUCUCGGUCGCCAUCCUCUGCGCCUACUAUCCUGAGGCCUCGAGCAGGGCCCAUCGUGGUCCAGCCUGGGCCAGAGUCUGGUGGGAGUGGGGACAGUGACAUGGUGAGAUUACCUGGGCCUGAAGCACUGCAGCAGAGUAUGGAAGCUGUGGUACCCACUCCACCAAGACCAUAUCAGCCUAAGAUCAAACCCACUGCUAUUUGUGGCCUAUGUUUGAAAGAUAGACGCAGCAAUACCAAAGGAGUUCCUGAGAACCUGGUUCAUUGCUCACAGUGUGAUAAUAGUGGUCACCCCUCAUGCCUGGAGAUGAAUGAUGAGCUGGUAGCAACCAUUAAGACCUAUCCCUGGCAGUGUAUGGAAUGCAAGACCUGUUCCCAGUGUGGUGACCCCACUCAUGAGGAUAAGAUGAUGUUUUGUGAUAAGUGUGAUAGAGGCUACCAUACAUUCUGUGUUGGACUCACAGAUAUACCAACAGGAAAUUGGCUUUGUCCCACCUGCUCUGCUGGCGGCCUCCCACCCCCUGUGCCCCCUCCACCCCCAUCUAAUCUCACCAGGGGGCUUCCCCUUAUACAGCUACAACCUGGAGCCACAUACCUCCCACAACAGAUGAUGCAAGGACCACCACUACCACUUCAACCAUCUCUACCACUACUACAAGGGGUACCACCUCAACAACAAGGCGUGCCACCUCAACCGCAGGCAGUACCAAUUCAGCAACAAGGAAUGCCACCACGACCUCAGGGGUUGCUACCCCACCCAGGUCAUGUACUCCCCCAACAGGGGCUGACACCACAGCAACAUGGCCUACAACCCCAGCAACAAAGUCUACCUCCUCAGCAACAAGGCAUUCCACCCUAGCAACAGAGCAUACCACUGGGUUGCAUCCUCCACCCAGGGAUUACCAAGAAUGCCAGCAUGUUUCUUUUGUGUUACCUGUUUGUUGAUAUACAGUGUAGAUGUGCACAUAAUCCUAGCAAAGUACUUGUUAGUCUCUACUAAAUUAAUAGAAUUAAUAAUUAUCGCAAAAUUAUUUUUUGAUGGAUGUACUUGUAGACUCUUGUGUCAGAUUCCCUAUGAAAUCAUCCAAACUGAAGUUAAUAAUGAGAAUAAGGAUAAUAUACUUGCAGAAAUGUGUUGGAUAUAAAUAAGUGAAUAAUGCAAAGUCGAAUUUUACCAGACAGUUUCAUGAAGUUAAUGAGCUUAUAAUAUAGUAUGAUUACAAUCUGAUUCUUUGAAUGGCUGUUGUUAGUAUGAUGUUGAGUUGGUGUCAUGUAUUCAAGCAGGGCUUUAACCAAUCUUGCUCAAACACCAUCUCCUAUGUAUUUAUUUUAAUUUUUUUGGGGUAACACUAUUUGCCAUAAUAUACUGUGUUUGUACUUUUCAUUUUUGUUCUAUAAGAAUUUCUUGUCUCUAUUUUUUGUCAUUAUAGUUCUUUGUAAGUAGGGUAAUUCGUCUGUGAUACCGGCAUGAUUUGUGUUCUUUGUAACAUAGGCAUAUGUACUAACUAUACAAGCUGUCAAUUAUUCUUCUCCCUUGUUUUGAUUGUUGGUAAAAGGCCUUUAUCUUCCACACUAAUGUAUAUUUGAAAAUAAAAUGUACCAUAGAUGAGAAAAGUCAAAACAGCUAGUUUCUGAGAAUACAAUUGUUUUUUAUAAAAAGAGAUUUGCAAUUAAAUGACAUCAAAAAGAGAA